AUUGUUAAGGCAUCAUACAAAUUUUACAAUUACAAAUCACUUGUAAGCAAAAAAAAUCAAAUAAACCUCAACAAUGGCAUUCAAGUUCGUCAUCUUCGCCUGUGCUUUGGCUGUUGCCAACGCCGGUGGACUCAUUUCAGCACCAGCUGUAGCAUACUCCGCCGCUCCAGCUGUGAGCCACGUCAGCUAUGCGUCACCAGUUGUCUCAUACGGUGCUCCAUCAGUGCAAGUCGCUAGUCACGCUCUUACAUCCCAAGACUCAAACAUUCACCGUAGUUUUGGAAAUCUUGGACAAGUAGCCACACAAUCAAAAACCAUCACAACACCAUACUCCCAAGUAACCCGAAGUGAUGUACGUGUAAGCAACCCAGGUUUAACCACAUACGCCGCUGCCGCUCCAGUUGCCUAUGCCCAUGCUCCAGUUGCCGCUUAUGCUGCCGCUCCAGCCCUCCGUUAUGCCGCUGCCCCAGCUCCAUUAGCUGUUGCCCACGCUGCUCCAGCUGCUUAUGCCCAUGCUGCCCCAGCUGGUUUAUUAGGUGUUGCAUACUCCCCAGCCACCGCUGUCUCCCAUAUGACAUACUCUGCCCCAGCUAUUGGUCUCUCAUACGGAUGUGUUUAUUCCCAUAUUGUUUAUAUUGGAAUCGACCCAAUAUUGGAAUCGAACCGUGCGCCUGGCCUUUGCGAUGACCAUAAACAAAUUGCACGGCCAGUCUUCGUCAUCUUCGCCUGCGCUUUGGCUGCCGCCAACGCUGGACUCAUUUCAGCCCCAGCUGUAGCUUACUCUGCCGCUCCAGCUGUAAGCCACGUCAGCUACGCAUCACCAGUUGUCUCAUAUGGUGCUCCAUCUGUACAAAUCGCAAGUCAUGCUCUUACAUCCCAAGACUCAAACAUUCACCGUAGUUUUGGAAAUCUUGGACAAGUAGCCACACAAUCAAAAACCAUCACAACACCAUACUCCCAAGUAACCAAAAGUGAUGUCCGUGUAAGCAACCCAGGAUAUCAAACUCUUUCAUAUGGUGCUGCCGCUCCAGUUGCCUAUGCUCAUGCUCCAGUUGCCGCUUAUGCUGCCGCUCCAGCCCUCCGUUACGCCGCUGCCCCAGCUCCAUUAGCUGUUGCUCAUGCUCCAGCUGCUUAUGCCCAUGCUGCUCCAGCCGCUUACGCCCAUGCUGCUCCAGCUGGUUUAUUAGGUGUUGCAUACUCUCCAGCCACCGCUGUCUCCCACAUGACUUACUCUGCUCCAGCUAUUGGUCUUUCAUACGGAUGUCCUUACAAUUCAGUGCAUAUUUUAUUACGAGGGCGAAUUUAUUUAUUUAGUCAUAAUAAUUAUUAUUUGGAGAUCUGCAUUCGUUGUUUGUUUGAGUAUAUAAACAACCCAAAAUUUUGUAAUCAGCAUCAAUUCAAUUCAGAUCAAAUUACAAAGAUCAACAAAAAAAACCAAAAAACCUCAACAAUGGCAUUCAAGUUCGUCAUCUUCGCCUGUGCUUUGGCUGUUGCCAACGCCGGUGGACUCAUUUCAGCCCCAGCUGUAGCAUACUCCGCCGCUCCAGCUGUGAGCCACGUCAGCUAUGCGUCACCAGUUGUCUCAUACGGUGCUCCAUCUGUACAAGUCGCUAGUCCUUCAAUCACAUCCCAAGACUCAAACAUUGUCCGUAGCUUUGGAAAUCUUGGACAAGUAGCCACACAAUCAAAAACCAUCACAACACCAUACUCUCAAGUAACCAAAAGUGAUGUACGUGUAAGCAACCCAGGUUUGACCACAUACACCGCUGCCGCUCCAGUUGCCUAUGGUGCUAUUGCCCAUGGUCCAGUUGCCGCUUAUGCUGCCGCCCCAGCUCUCCGUUAUGCCGCUGCACCAGCACUCGCUGCUCCAGCUCUCCGUUACGCUGCUGCUCCAGCUCCAGUUGCCUAUGCCCAUGGUCCAGUUGCCGCUUAUGCUGCCGCUCCAGCCCUCGCUGCACCAGCCCUCCGUUAUGCUGCCCCUGCCGCUUAUGCUGCCGCUCCAGCCCUCGCUGCACCAGCCCUCCGUUAUGCUGCCCCAGCUCCAUUAGCUGUAGCCCAUGCUGCCCCAGCUGUCCGUGCUGUCGCUGCUCCAGGUGCCGCUUUAUUAGGUGUUGCAUACUCUCCAGCCACCGCUGUCUCUCACAUGACUUACUCUGCCCCAGCUAUUGGUCUCUCAUACGGAUGGUAAUUAAAUAAUUAAGUUAUAUAAUGUAAUUU